AAAAUUCCCCUACCUUCCCCAGCCUGCUUUUUUAAGGAGCCAAGGAGAUUGUAGUUGUUUAGACUCUUCUGUAACGUUAUCUAAACUUCCACAUUUCUUACAAGACGCGUAUAGCUAGGCUGUCCAUUGCUAUAUAGUAAUAAGCCUGUGAAAUUCUUGUCAAUUCCAGUUCAAGAACACGUUGUCAGUUAUCUCUGAAUGGAACAGUGAGCUUUCGAAGCCACUUAAACCGUUAGCGUAGCUAGCUGAAUCCAACAGACUUCAAGACUUGUCAGUGCAGAGCGACGUCUAGAAACUAGAUAUUUGGCGACAACGGACUGCAGGAGAGAUAGCUAUAGAUAGCUGUUAACCUAUACCAACGAUUUGGCUUAAGUUUAUUCUACAAGACAGGUUCUGCAAAUUUGGAAGUCAUGUUCAGCUGGUCAAAUAAAGAUGGCAAGAAAGAUCCAGAACUAUUUCAAACUGUGUCCGAUGGACUGAGGCGACUCUACAGGAACAAACUAUUCCCCCUUGAAGAUGCCUACCGCUUCCACGACUUCCAUUCACCGGCCUUGGAAGACGCCGACUUUGACAAUAAGCCCAUGGUGCUGUUAGUUGGUCAGUAUUCGACUGGUAAAACUACAUUCAUCCGGCAUUUAAUGGAGCAAGAUUUCCCCGGAAUGCGAAUUGGGCCCGAACCGACAACCGACUCAUUCAUAGCCGUUAUGCAUGGAGAGCAAGACGGGCUAAUCCCAGGCAACGCUCUUGUGGUUGACCCCAAGAAACCUUUCAGAAAACUUAAUGCUUUUGGAAAUGCUUUUCUAAACAGGUUCGUGUGUGCCCAGAUGCCCAAUCCAGUCCUGGAGAGCAUCAGUAUCAUCGACACGCCAGGAAUCCUGUCUGGAGAGAAGCAAAGAAUCAGCAGAGGUUAUGACUUUGCGGCGGUGCUGGAGUGGUUCGCCGAGCGCGUGGACCGCAUCAUCCUGCUCUUUGACGCCCACAAGCUGGACAUCUCCGACGAGUUCUCGGAGGUGAUCCGCGCCCUGAAAAACCACGAGGACAAAAUGCGCGUUGUCCUCAACAAGGCGGACCAGAUCGGCACGCAGCAGCUCAUGAGGGUGUACGGCGCCCUCAUGUGGUCGCUGGGCAAAAUCGUCAACACCCCAGAGGUGAUCCGGGUGUACAUCGGCUCCUUCUGGGCCCAGCCCCUCCUGGUGGCUGACAACAGGAAGCUGUUUGAGGCAGAGGAGCAGGAUCUGUUCAGGGACAUCCAGGGGCUUCCUCGCAACGCUGCUCUGAGAAAACUCAACGACCUCAUCAAGCGGGCCCGUCUUGCCAAGGUCCAUGCCUACAUCAUCAGCUCUCUGAAGAAGGAAAUGCCCAACAUGUUUGGAAAGGACAACAAGAAGAAGGAGCUAAUCGCCAACCUGGGAGAAAUCUACCUGAAGAUUGAGAAGGAGCAUCAGAUUUCACCUGGAGACUUCCCCAAACUGGCUAAGAUGCAGGAGAUCUUGGCAGGCCAGGACUUCAGUAAGUUCCAGGUCAUGAAGCCCAAGCUGCUGGAGUCCGUAGAGGACAUGCUGGCCAACGACAUUGCAAAGCUCAUGACUUUGGUCCGCCAGGAGGAAGCUGCCAUGCCCAGCCAGUCCGUCCAGGGAGGUGCCUUCGAGGGCACCAUGAACGGACCCUUCGGCCAUGGCUACGGCGAGGGCGCGGGCGAGGGCAUCGACGAGCUGGAGUGGGUGGUGGCCAGGGAUAAACCCACCUACGAUGAGAUCUUCUACACCCUCUCUCCGGUCAACGGCAAGGUGUCUGGAGCCAUGGCCAAAAAAGAGAUGGUGAAGUCCAAACUGCCCAACACUGUUUUGGGGAAGAUCUGGAAGCUGGCCGACGUGGAUAAGGACGGUUUCUUGGAUGACGAUGAGUUCGCCCUGGCAAACCACCUGAUCAAGGUGAAGCUCGAGGGACACGAGCUGCCGACUGACCUCCCAGAACACCUUGUGCCUCCCUCCAAAAGGGGAUUGUAGAUGGGGACCGUGUCUCAGAUGGAAGUAUAAAUGGGAGGGAUCUAGAUGGGGCGAUAAUGGGAAGGGCCAGGGUUAGGGGGGAAGGAUGGGAGGAGUUAAAAGGGACUAUGAAAUUAAACAGGCGACAGAUGUUGUUUUGUAAAGGGUAGGUUGUGAAAGCUGUGCAGCAUGAAGUUAUGGGGUUGAGAGGUAAAGGAAUAGAUUAGAGAUUAACUAUAUGACCAUUAGCGUAGUAGUCCAUUUACAGAUGCAAAUGGUAGAGAAUAAUACGCAUUUACUCAUUAAUUACUGAAAAACCUGAUCCUCAUGGCUAUAUUCCUAAUUUUGUUUAACAUUAGGCCAUCAACACUCACUUUAAAUCAAUCAUUAGAUAUUUAAUAUUACACAUUUCUGACAUUAAUUUAGUCAACAGGAUCCUGGCCAGUUACAACUAUAGAUGGAAGGAUUUUCCUAUGGCACAGUCAUAUUACUCCAAUAGAGGUGACUAUUGAAAAGGAUGGGGCGUUUAUUUUGCAUUUAUGGUGGGGAUAUGUUAUUUAAUCAGUUUUAGUUUCAAAAAGAAGUCACAACUUGGGUCUGGAUGAUUGUCACCAACCAAAACCGUGAACACUGGCUCUUUUGAAUGAAAACAAGACACUCAAGCGCAAGGCCAUACACCCUUCUGUUGUGUUCUGUUGUGGUUCCCAACAUGGCACUACUUUUCACAAUAAAGGUAGAUUAUCCUACAGAGAGAACCAUUGUUGACACCUUGAAUGAUACUGUGACAUAGGCGGGGGAUGGCAUGAAAUUAUUUUAGACUUUAGUACCUUUCUGACUUACCUAACCUCAGAUGCUUUGUUUUAAUAAACUUUUGCCUGAAGUUGCCUUCUGAAGCUAUUGAUAUGUUAUAAUGCCACUAUAACAUUUCUGUAGUGUAUUGCUUUCUCAAGCUGUAAUAUCCUAGGCAUAGGGGGAGAGUUGCAGGCAAUGGAAUAAAAUGACAUUUUGAAGAGAAGUUCUGUACCCUCCAAAUACCACUUCAGUGUUCAUGGGUCGCAUGACUCUCAUUGUAUGAACACCAUUAACAUCUUUGGUCAGCCUUAAUACCAAAAUUGUUGGAGUACUGUUUGUAGGUUUGCCUCAACUACUUUACAGUUCUCUCAAAUGUUCAUAUGUACAUUGUUUUUGGUCUAUUUUGAAAUAAAAGUGUAUUAUAAUGUG